AUGAAAUCCUGCCAGAGCCUCAAGGAGGAGGUUUCCAUCCUGAGCGUUGGCGGGAUGUCCCAGGAGGAGGGACACAGGGCUCCAGUGUCCCAGUCCUUUUUCAACUCUCCCAACCUGGACCUGACAGGAAAGGUUUUUAAGAAGGAGGUUGAUGGCAAGCCUUUUUCUGUGUUGGUGGAUAACAAGAUGUCAGCCAAGAGCGCCGCUGGAGACCAGAACGUGGGUCACUUACCCUCUCAGCAUGGCACUUCGCAGCAGCAGUACUUCAGAGAGGAAGGAGCAGGACGUGAGGGGGGCACGCAGGGGUCCCUAGCACCCAUUGACGGAUCCGCCGAGGAAUCGGAGGAUGAUGAAGAGGGUGAAGAUUGUGAGGAGGGCUACAAGCGAGAGCAGAUCAUCGUGGAGGUGAAUCUGAACAACCAGACGCUUUAUGUGUCAAAGGGAGACAAAAGUGAGACGGCAGCAGAUGACUCCGACAGAGGUGGAAGUGAUGAGGAGGAGGAGGAUGAGGAAGACGACGAAGAAGAGGAGGAGGAGGAUGACGACGAAGAGGACAGCCACGACGAUGAUGAAGAGGAAGAGUAUGAGGAGGAGAUUGAGAGUCAAAGAACAAGGUCGAGAAGACUCCGACGAAGUGCUAGCAGCACGUCAGCAGCCGGCCAGCCCCAGAGGAAAAGCCUCCGGACCGCCCUGAGCGCCGCCACCGCCGGGAUGACCACCAGGGGGCGACGGAAGUGCAUGGAGCCCCCGAAGAGGAAGCGUCCGUCAGCCAGGUCGGCCCCCUCCUCAGCUGGUACCACGACGACGGGCGGAAAGGCAGAGAUGGAGGAGAAGGAGAUGCUGACGUGUGAGAAGUGUCCGAGAGUGUUCAACACGCGCUGGUACCUGGAGAAGCACAUGAACGUCACUCACAGGCGGAUGCAGAUCUGUGACAAGUGCGGCAAGAAGUUCAUCCUGGAGAGCGAGCUGGCGCUUCAUCAGCAGACGGACUGCGAGAAGAACAUCCAGUGCGUCUCCUGCAACAAGUCCUUUAAGAAGUUGUGGUCGCUGCACGAGCACAUUAAGAUCGUGCACGGCUACGCAGAGAAGAAGUUCUCGUGUGAAAUCUGUGAGAAGAAGUUCUACACCAUGGCUCAUGUUCGGAAGCACAUGGUUGCUCACACUAAAGACAUGCCGUUCACCUGCGAGACGUGUGGGAAGUCGUUCAAACGCAGCAUGUCGUUAAAAGUCCACUCGCUCCAGCACUCUGGGGAGAAACCCUUCCGCUGCGAGAACUGUGACGAGCGGUUCCAGUACAAGUACCAGCUGCGCUCCCACAUGAGCAUCCACAUCGGCCACAAGCAGUUCAUGUGCCAGUGGUGCGGCAAGGACUUCAACAUGAAACAGUAUUUUGACGAGCACAUGAAAACGCACACAGGAGAGAAGCCGUUCAUUUGUGAGAUCUGUGGGAAGAGCUUCACCAGUCGGCCCAACAUGAAGCGCCACCGCCGCACCCACACCGGAGAGAAGCCCUACCCCUGUGAGGUGUGCGGCCAGCGCUUCCGCUUCUCCAACAUGCUCAAAGCUCACAAAGAGAAGUGUUUCCGGGUCACCAGCCCCGUCCUGCAGCCUAGUGGGCCCCCCGUGCCUGUGCUCCUUUUCACCAAUGCCUUCACCUCCUCCACUUCCUCCACCCCCGGACCUGGCCCCUCAGCCGUCACUCCGGCCACCACUUCAGCGUCUCUGGGCCUCAGCCCAACCGUCGGGGCCGUCCCUCCCCAGGCUCCAGUCGGACACACGUUUUCCCACGUGCCGCUCCACUCCUCUCACCAUCAUUCCCACACAGCAACAACCCAGCAGCACCUCUCAAACCCACUCCAACAGGCCCCACCUCACCCCCACCACCAUCUGGUCGUGCCCCCCGUCUCUCAUCUUCCCCCUCCCCCAGCUCUUUUUAAGAGCGAGCCCCUAAACCACUGCGGCCAUGAAGACGGCGGCUACCUGCACCACAUGACCCCUCAUGACAAAGGCCCCGGAGCCCCGCAGCACCACUGAACUGGCUCCCAGCUCUGCAGGCGGCGCCCCCGCCACGCCUUCUCGUAGUUCUGCCUCGAUUUAGUACCUGCCACGCCCCGGCGGCACCAGUGUUCCAGUGCGCGGUACUCGGAGACGGGGGGUGCUUUCAGGCACC